CCAAAUAUAUUUUGUUUUGACGUUUGUAUUUUAUUAAAAUUCAUUUUAAUCUUGAACAUUUAAUUUUAAUUUUAUAAAUGACUAAAUGUUUACUAAUAAUAAAAGAGACAAGUCACUCGUUGAUUGAAUUAGGAGAAAUUUUUUUAAUUUUUAUAUCAAAAGAAAUUCGCCAAGUUUGCCAAACACGUGUCUGUCUUUUUGCAUCUCGUACACGUUAGUCUUUAGUAUUUACUCAUAUUAAUACCAGUGCAAAAAUACAAUAACAAAAUCAUAAUUUUAAAAGUUGCAAAAAUAAUUAACAGUUAAUAUUUUUAUAUAAUAUUAAUUGUCAAAAUAAAUUAUUAAUUAUUAAAAAGUUAUAUUACAAAAUUACAUUAAAUAAUUAUUUUAAAAUUGGAGCAAAUUGGAGUAAAAACAUAUAUAAGGUUAGAACAGUGCAGUUAUUAUUGCAACAAAUAUUUAUUAAUUUUAAAUUGUUGAUCAUUGCUGAAAAUCCACGUUAAGUUAACCGAAAAUAAAAUAUGAAUACUAAUCAAAGUAAGAUAAAUAUGGAGACUGCAGAGUUAAGUCCUACCGAAUGGCUUGAAAAAUUCAUUAUAAUUUCUAAAAAAGAACUUGAGUUGACAAGAAAAUCCUUAGGUAACAGACCAGUUGUAACUAUAGUUGAUGAUUCCGAUGAUGAUGAUGAUGAUUAUGAUUAUGACGAUAAUGAUGAUCAUGAUGCGAGGCUUUAUAAUAACGAUAAUGAUCAUCCCCAUGACCAUCAUGAUCAUUAUGAUAAAGCUUUUGAUGAUAAUGAUGAUUCUAAUUCUGAUUCUGAUUCUGAUGAUUUGGAAAAUACCGAUGAUAAUAAAAUUAGAUAUAGCGAAAUACGAAAAGCACCGAGGUAUAAUUCGCGUAUGAUUCUCAUGGCUCCUCUAUUUUCUAGUCAACCACGACUCGAAAAAAUAUGUGAAGAUUGGGAGAACAGCUUUCUUCGUUCAUGCUUUACAAGAUAUACAUUUAAUAGCAAUAAAAAAGAUUCAGUGAACGAAUUACAUGAAAAAGUAAAUGAUCUAAAGUACCUAAUGAAUCUCUGUGGAAGUAAUUUAACUAGUCUAGAUGUAACACAAUAUCCUAGUUCUCAAAUAAUGCCAAUUAUCAAUGCUAAUUGUCCAAAUCUUGAGAUGCUGUAUUUAGGAUUCAAAGAAAUAAUAAGUCAAGAUUUUGAAAAUGUUUUUUCUAAUAUGUCUCACCUUAUGUAUCUGACGAUUAAAUGGCAAUGUGAAAAUUCAACUCUACCAAUGACUUUAGCCAAUUCAUUGGAACAAAUUGGUGGAACAUUGAAAAUUUUAAAUCUUUAUUGUACCUUAAAAGAAAAUAAUAUUUUCUCACCAGAUUCAUUGGCUUCGGUAUUUCCUCGACUGACUGCUUUGGAUUGUUUACAAAUAAGGUGUUUUGGACUAAGUCAACUAUUACUCCAGUCGAUAGGUGAAAUGAAAAAUUUGACUGAUCUAAGAUUAUACUCUUUUUGGCCGAAAAAUCAUCCAAUGUUUGAUACAAGAAUCAAUAUGUAUCCAAUUGGGAAUUUGAAAAAUCUCGAAAAGUUAUGGGUUGAUUGUGAUUAUGGUGUUAGAGAUGAAUUUUUGAUUAAUCUUUGUAAUAAUGCCAAAAAAUUAACGCUUUUACAUAUAAUUGGAACAUAUAUAACUGAUAUUGGUAUGAGAGCAAUUAAUAAUUUACAAGAAUUAGGAAAUUUCAAUCUUGGUGUGUCUGGUUAUGGUUCGCGAUCAGAAAAAAAUGAAUUUAUCACUGAUGAAUCAAUUCAAUGUUUAUUCAAUCAAAAAUUGUACUCUUUGAAUAUAUCAAAUUGCAUUAAAAUCACCGAUAAAGGGGCAAUUAAACUUGUUGAAAAUUUACCAAGUUUAAUUGGAUUAUUCGUUAAAAAUACAAAGAUAACUCGUGGAGCUGUCAGCAGAAUGUACAAAUUAUCAAAACAUGGUAAAAAAGGACUACUUAUAAUCUAAAGCUGAAAAUUAAUCAAUUUUUUAAUAUAUAUGAUGACAAUUAAAAUAGAAUACGUAUUAGUAACCCAACUGCAGAACCAAAUUUAGCUAAUUAAUUAAUUUAUAAAUAUUAAAUAUAUAACACUAUAGCUAGGUAAACUACACCUUAAGAAAAUAAUGUCUCUUUUUCAUUUUAAAAUUAUUUAUUUUUUUUAUUUAAGUUUUGUUUUUUAUUAUUUAUAAAAAAAAAAGUAUAAAUAUAUAUAAUUGAAUGAAUAUUAAA